CCUGGAGCAGACGUGCGGGAGGUUCAGUCGUGGUAGGAGCGGAUAACAAAAUGGGAUCGGUCGGUUGCAAGUUUUCUUUGUCAAGUACAACGAAGUCUUGUAGUGAUGUUGAAAUCGUAGCUGAACGAGCCAAAAGUCGUCUGGCAUUAAGUCAGAGAACUUUGUUUGAAGCUUAUUGACGUCUCCGGGCAUUUCGUGCGUCGUAUCAGUAAAUAGGGUUACACACAGGAACCAGUUUUUCUCGACGCUUGUGGUUGCUCUUCAUGAAACCUUCAGGCGAAGACAUGCACGCCAUGCUGGAGGGGGGAGAGGAGCGGGCCGAGCCCCACGAGGUGUUUGUGGACCUGGGGGUGCUGGUGGUGGAGGGCCGGGUCCCCGGCGGGGCGUGGGCCGCCACCCGUGGCUACGGGGAGGGCCCCCACUGCGCCGGCCUGGGGAUAGCGGGCAGCACGGGCCGCCACGACUGCGAUCCAGCCGGCAACAGCCUGUGCAAGAGGGCAGAGAACCUGCAGAAGCACAUGCAGCUGCUGUGGCAGAACAGCAUCCCGAUGUGCAUCGAGGUGCUGCUGUGUCCCGACUGUCCCUGCGGGGCCCAGAAGAGCCAGUCCCCGGAAGUGUCCAACAUACCGUCGCCCACCGACCUGCUCCUGGAGCAGUGGAUGAUCACCAUGGUCUCCAGGAACGUGUUGCUGUGGUCCAAUGAGCAUCUCCGUGCUUGCAGGCACCUCGAGCAGCCGCAGGUGCCGGCCCGAGGGCUGUUCCAGGCGGUGCGGUCGCAGCUGCACUUCUCGCAGCUGGCCGCCUGGUGGAGCCGCAGCAAGGGGGGCAGCCCUGUGCAUGUCAGCUACCGCGUCACCGUCCCGGGGGAGGCUUUUGCCUCCCAGUUCCAGCGCCCGCCGCUUGAGCACAGCUUCCCUGUGGCUGUCGUCGCCAGGAACUCGGCCAUCAAGGUGUCUGUGCGAAUGUUACCCCGCAUGGAGAGUGUUCCUCAAGUGGUGUGUGGUGUACACCCCUCUGGGAAUGAGAAGCAGGAAGCACAGUGUGUCGGAGAUGCUGGUUUGGUUGCUAAGAAGUCUGACGGCGAUGCGCGUGACUGGCGUAAGGAGAGCAGUGCUGCAUCGACCGACCAUCUGCUUGGUGAGAGCCUGUUGGAUCCUCCGCACAGCCUCGACUUGUUUGCACGUCGCUAUCAGAGUCCGUCUCGCUGUGGCAGUCCUUGCAUGGAGGCCCCAGAGCACCUCAUGUUCAGCCGAGUACCAGCAAAACCAGAGAUCCCCCGGUGUUUGCUGCCCCGCUGGCGGGAGAGCAGUCCGCCCAGCCCCCCGCUGACCGCGCCUACUCAGCGCCGGCUGGGGCGGCAAGGCCUGGCCCGGCGCAGGGACGCGACAGACAUGGGCGCAGAGAGGGGGGGAAUGCCUUGGGUCGACGACGCUUCUAAGCCACUACCUGGCUUGGUUGACGACCGCUUGCAGAACCCUUGCAACCUCCCAGGCAAGCAUCACUGCUACUGUGCGUACGAUGAGGACCUGGACGAGUUGCCCAAGGUCGUGGGACAGCAUCAGCGUCGCAGGCAGGCGGGGGAGCCCAAGGAACUGUUUUCGGUGAACCGGGGCGACCAUCAUCCCAACACCACCUCUGCAGCGUGUUCGAAGAAGGCGCUCCAACGCGGCAAAGCGCCGAGUAGGGCAGACGGCGGCUAUCAACGUCUCGGCGACGACGGGAAGGAUGGUCUGGUCGCUGAAAUCUGUGAUACGGAAUCUUCUUUUGGUGCUAUUCGAGUGGCUAAGCGACGCUCGGGAAUGAAAAUGGAGGGGAGAGAUGGAGAAGCUAGCUGCAAGCUUAACUUGGAGUUGAGUCGACAAGAGUUCGAUGAAGUUUUGGCAGUCCUGAGGGAUAGAAAUGGAUCGCCUAGUCUCUCGAGUGGAAAAAAGCAGUCGUCGUCUCAAGCAUGCAUUCCUCCUGAUCCCACAUGUGAUAAUACCCGCAUUUCCAGCGAGACCGGAAGUGUUCAGAAGCAGAAGCCCAGUGUCUCCUCAAGUCAACGCAGUGAUCUCGUCUACUCUGUUCACACAGUCACACCAACUACCUCAGCUUGCCCGAGCGCUCGCAAGACCUUGGACAAAGCAGAUCUCCUGAUGGGUGCCAUCCUAAGAACGAACAGUAACGGCUCCUGCGUACCUGCCGUGAAAACGGACAGUGCUGCGGGUCGCUGUCCGGUAUCAGUAUUAAACGAGAAACUUAUCAAGUGCAAGCACAAAAAAGAUGAGCCAGAGAUUAGGAAUUUAAGGGACAUUUGUGAUAAUUUAAAAGUGAAUUGUGAUAACAAAGCAGAUUUAGGUUCUUAUCGAUCUGCAAGUCUCAAUAAAUCAGAUUCUGUAGGUCGUUUGCAGGUUUCCACAUGUGAUACUCAAAGUGGAGAAAAUUGCAUUAUUUCAAAGUCCAGAUACCUGCUCAUUAAGGAUGGUGCAAACGACUGUACCGGCAUCAAGCUGAAAAGUGCGGAAAAGGACGACGUACAAAAUACCAUCUGCACUGCCAAGAAUGCAUCGUUUGCCACGGGAGCGGUGGCAACCGAAACCGAUGACAUAAGUAAUGUUCCAAAAUGUCUUUCAGCCUCACCUGUUAACCCAGAUGAAGCACAAAUAUUGAAAUCUGAUUCAAGAAACAACUGCAGAGUAAGUAAUGUGCCUUUUGUGUCUUCUGAUUGUGAUCAAACCGCUGCAUCCGGUGAAGGGUCAGCGAAACCUCCAAGAUCUCCUAACAACUGCAAUGGCGUGAAAGCCGACGAUGGCUGUGAUACUCGAAACCAAGCGGAAGGGAGCGGCAGGAAGAAAAGGCCCAGCUCCCCGCUCAUAAUACCCACCCAAGUCGCUGAGCCGGUGCCCAGCCAACUGCUCGAUUCUCAAGAGGAGAGUGAAGAGGAUAACUUGUCAGACCGUCCCGUCCCAUCCGCCCUCGACAAGGCAAAGUUCCGUCGUUCGUUUGAUUCUGCUGCCUCCAUGGUGUUCCACAGCCGAACUGGCUUGCCUCUGACUUCCAGCCCGGCCCCCGUGCGAAGGGGCACGUCGCGGUUCGACUUUGACAGUUCGCUCAACUCUGUCUCGGCCAUACGCAGCGCGCUGUUCGAGUCAAGCACGCCUGCCCCGGACGACUCCUUGAGCGUCAGCAGCGACGACGCGGAGAGCGAGGGCAGCGCUCGUUCGCCUUGCUCCCCGGGACUCGGCCUGGCCUCGCCGGCCGCGGAGCCCCUGUGGCUGUACUGCCCGUCCUCGCCUUGCGCCUCGCUGCUAGGUAGCUUCGAGGAGUCCGUUCUGAACGGGCGGCUGGAACCGGUCAGCACCGUCCAGGGCUUCCGCGCCGAGCUCGGAGCCAGCGGCUCGUUCUGCCCGAAGCACCUGCUCCUGCCCGUCACUGUGUUCUUCUACACGCUCGGCGACAACGACAAGGUGUCCAUCCCGUACCUGGGCCACAUCAACCUCGGCAAGAAGGGCUACCACGUCCCGCGGAGCGGCACGAUCCAGGUGACGCUGUUCAACCCGCUGGGCACCGUCAUCAAGAUGUUCGUGGUGAUGUACGACCUCGGGGACAUGCCCGCCAACUCUCAGACCUUCCUGCGGCAGAGGACGCUGUACAUGCCGGCCAGUGUCGCCGCCGCCUCGAGCAGGCUGCCCGACAACCCGCAGAAGUGGCUCCGGUACCUCAUCCACCUCAGUCGAUGCAGCAUUUUUGUUUAGUUUGUGGAAGUGUCUCUUCCUCAUGCUCGUGACUUAGAAGUUACGCAGCACGCUGUAUUGCAUGUCAUGUAUCGUAAGCACGCAGUGGAAAAACACUGCCGUGCGUGUAGAACAAUAACCUUGGAGAUGAAUCUCUACUAAUGGAAGCAUAUUGGAAUUUCCCACACAGAUUCUCUAGUUCAAAGUCUGGACGCAUUCACCUGCAUUCUGACAUCCGAAUGAUCAUCUGCCGGAAGUCGGACAUGGAUACUGCGACCGCUCACGACAUAGACAUGUCGUUCGAGUUACGGUCCUUUACGCACGGUCCUGCUAACCCAAAGUUUUCGCCUCGGAAAUGACUGAACGUUGGCGAUGAUUGAAAGCGACAAAAUUCUUCGAUGCCAUUGAAACACAAAACAACGGAGAUGGUGCUGGCAAGAAAAUAACAGGACAGAAUAUGCUACUGCUGCUCCAAAUUCACAAAUACGGAAAAGGAAUAUUUUUUAAAAUUGUGACCAUAAUACUACUUAUUUACGAAAAUAAAUUUAUGAAAUUUUGCUGUUUCAUUCACGUGAAAUACGCAUAAUUCAUUUCCUCCCGAAGUUGGCAAAUUUUUUUGCUGUUGAACAUUUAUUUUAAUGGCCCUGAACAGACUUCAGAAGAAAUUAUUAAUUUUUCUUGACGUUUAGUUGAUGCAUAGCCAGGGGCGGAUGUAUUUUUGUGAUGUGCUUCUUAGGGGGAAAUUGUUAGGCAUAUGAUCUUGUGAUAAGUGUUAUGUAUUAAAAGUAUAGCAUUUUUAAGUCAAUUAAGUGGCUUGAGCAUGUGAUUUGUUGCAAGAGAAAAAUUUGUGGCAAAAUGGCAGAUGCAUUUACACAUAAUAUGAGUUCACAUUUAACAGCUGAAAUUCUGUUUACUGUGUGCUGCAUAUUGUAAAAUGUUUCGAUGGAAUAUUCCAGGGUGGUUUUUGAGAAAUAGUGGCUUUGUCACUAGAUUCAGUGAAUGUUCAGCCACAAAUUUUUCUAAUAGUUUGGUGAGUUUGUUUCAAAUCAUUGGCUGUUUGUUUGAAAAUAUGUGUGUAGCCAGUACAGAGAGUUCAUCAGGCAGUGUGUGUGUAUAUAAAUAAGCAAUGUACGAUGUGUAGGCUGAGCUGCUCUUUAGUUUUGCAUGUUGUUGUAAAAAUUAAAACAUUGUCCUAAAGCUACAUAUACAAAUGAUAAUUUACAGUGUUCAAAAUCAGUGUCGUGAUCUAACUCAGCUUUCAGUGUAGUUUGGAACUAUUUACUGGUUGGUGUUUUUAAUGAGCUCUAGUGCAGUGCAUGAAUACGAAUAUAGUUCAAAUUUCAAACGAAAACCCGUCACAAAAAAAAUUACGAGUUCUACCCUAAGAAUGUCUUGUACUGUUUUUUUUUUUUUUAAAGAAAUUUUGCUUGCUGCACAAUGGUUGAAUGUGUAGUUACAAUGUGCUUUAAAGCUAUUUCACCGAUACCAACAUAAAAAUAGCUGGCUGGUAUAGGAUGGAAAAUGUAUUUUUCAAGAUGGCACAUUGUGUGUCUCAUUUACAACCAUGUAGGCAUUCAUUGUAAUGGAGAAACUGUCUAAAUUCUUUGUGAGAAGUUCACUUGGUUUGCGCAUCCAUUUCAUUUAUUUGUUAGUUCUAUGUACCUCGCAAGCUGCAGCAUUUUUCUGCUGGGAAGCCUGGUGCAUGAAUUGUUCAAGUAUUCAACACCCAGCUUAUACAGGAAAAAAAAUUAAAUAUGCUUGUAAACUACACGAGUUAUAAAACAGAUUUCAUCUAGCAACUUAAAAUUUUAAAAUUGGAGAUGGGAAAAAAAUUUUCUUCCUAGUGAUUUUCUUGAUAAUCUAUCAUAAAAAAUUGUAAAUUAUUUGUAGUUUAAUUAAAAUAAUAUUCACAUUUAUUUGUACAAAAGUUUAUGAAUCAAACCUCGGAUGAAAUCACAAAACAGAAAAUCACAGCAUUCUGUACCCUAGCUGCAUUAUGUUCAUAUCUUUAAAUAAAUAAAUAUAUGUAUUUUUAUAUAAAAUAGAGAAAACAUAAAUUUGAACCAAAAUGCAAGUUUUUGAAAGCUGACCAAUCUUUGAAAUUAAAAAUUUCUUAGCUUCAUGAACAGGUACUCUAAAUAGUCUAAAUUAUGUUUUUUUUUUUUUUUUAUAAUUUUAGUGGGGGGGAAAUGGAUACAGUAAAUUGCUACAUGCUUCUGAUAUAUUUUUAUGGAGAUGUGAUUUUAAAUGCAUUUUUUUCUUUUAAAGUUUAUCACAUGAAAUGAAGUUAACUGCAGGAUAAUUUUUUUUUAUUCAAAGAUUAGUGUGUAGACCAUUUCUGAAUUGAAAUCAAUAAAAAUCAUCUUCAGCUGUUGUGCAGAGCAAACACUUUGUAAACUUGUUCCUGGGUUAUUUUUUUCCACUUAUAAAUGUAACAUAGAUACUUUAACCAUGACAGAAAAUAGCUCACAGUGUGGCUUGAACAAGUAUCAUCCUUAUAUUUUAUUUACAAUCGUCUUUAGCAUAUUGGCAAUUGAAUGAACACUAAGUACCAGUUAAAAUUCACAUGUGAUCAGUUUUAUGAUGGUAUAAAUGAGACGUAAGCUUUUCGAUCUGAAUUGCUCAUUCAGUCUAGCCAAAAAAACUCUGAAAAAUUUGUAAGGGAUAAUAAUUUUGCAAUACCGUCAACCCUUUGUAACUACUAAUUUAUGACAAAAAUAUUUUUUAUAUAGAUCAGGAAUUAUGUAUUUAAGUACUUCUAUGCAGGAAAACAUGUAAUCAGAACAGGGUUUCACUUAAUUAAGUUUGCAUGCAUGUUUCAUUCAUUCAUGUGCGAGACCAAUUUUUCAGGAUGAAAUUUCAUAUGUUGUUCAAUGGUAGUCCUUUGCACUCAACAUGUGGUUUCCCUGUGAUAGUGCAUCAUACAUCAUAUGUUCCCAACAUUUACAGUUGCCGUUUUGUUGCCAGCAAUGUUGUGCCGGUGUAAACAUGGCUUUAUAACCCUGCAUGUUACCAAGUUUGCAACAUUUAUUUUUAUCCCAUGAAAGUAUUAAAGCAAACUUUUGUCUGUACUUGUGUUUACAAAUUUUAGGCCAUCAGCAUAGCUCUGAUUAUUUGUGAAUUUUGUGGUGAAACUAUUUUUUUUUAAAUACUAAAAUUGGUCAUUAUAUCUUUAGUCAUGAUUGCUUACGUGUAGUAUAAACCUGAUUUUGACGAUGCCUAGUAUCUGUUUAUAUUAAGUUAUGAAGUUGUAUUUGCAAGUUGUAGUAAUGUUGUUCAUAUUACUUCUAACCUUUAAAAAAAAAGAAGUGAGAUUGUGAUUUUUUUUUUGGAGAAUUAAUGACCUUUCCUAGUCUUCAUUGAUUUGUAAUCAUUUUAAUUAGCAAAAUUGGUGUAUAUUACAGCUUUCAGAUUUCCACUUGGCAUAGAUUGACAACAAAUGUGGUACUCUGCUAAGUGUCAACACUAUUAACGUUUAAGAGAAUAUUUGAAUUGAAAUUAGUCGGCUUGUCAUCUUGCGAGUUACAAAAAAAAGGCAGGAAAUGCGCCAAUAUAAUUUUGGCACCGUUCCUUCACGAACCAACAGCCAUAACUAUACGUGUACUUGACAUUCAAGACUAAUUGAGGCAAGGUGGCAAAUGCGCUGAUGUAUUGCAUUUCAAAUAAAUUACCCAAGUGCCAUGAAUAAUUAGAUUAAUGGUUGAUCUGUUAGUCUUAAUUGAAAGUUCAAGAUAACCAUGGAAACAUAACUCCUGUAUCUUUGAAGGUGGCAUAGAUAUCAGUGAUAUCACUAUCUGAAAUUCCCUAUGAUGUCUUAAAGACUUAAGUUUGAUUGCAUUCAGAAGGCACACUAUGAAUUAUGAACAAGUGGUUCAUUUAUAUUUUUAUGUUACUAAUAUUUUAAAAGUUUAGUUUUAGUUAUGUAGAGCAUAGAGAUAUAUAUAUCUAUAUACACUUAUUAAUGUAUUAAGCAUAUGUAAGCAUAUAUUAAAUGUUUUAAAGAAGGAAAAAAGAGUUUUAAAAUGUAAUUUCUUCUAUUGUCUUGAUGGUUUUCACAAGCAACUAUAAAUUAAAUGGAAAUUUAUAUACAUCUGAUCCUUUAUAUUUAAAAAAAGAAAUAAAAAUUGAACAAUUA